UCCCCUGCCUUGUUCCAUCUGGGGAGGGGGCGUCCCGGGGCAUGUCCCAGCUGCCCCCCCGAGACCCCGGUCCUGUCGAGUCCUCCCGGAUCCCGGCUGCCCCUCCCGAGCUUCUCCAGAGCCCAGCGGGGCGGGCGAGGGCCCCUGCAGGUCCCGUCCCACCUUCGAGGCUAGGAUCCCACACAGAAAGUGAGACUGAAUAACAUGCACAUGCUGGUUACUGGAGGAGAGGCUGAAGGACAUCCUGUUUUGAUUUAGCAGGUUUUUUUCUCUGAGAUGAAAUGAAGAUUUGGGUUCUCUUUUGGAAAUAAUCGUAUUUCUGAUGCAGCUGAACUUCAGUAGCCUUUUUUGCAGUACAGAUUUCAGCAUAUUUUUCUUAAAUGAAGAUGCAGAACGUGUCACUAGUAGAAAGUCUUCCUAAUGCAGACACAUCUUACUGGAUGUCUCUAAAAGCCCCACCAGUUGAAGGAGGCCGUAUGUCUGUUGGUGAAAGUGCCUCUAACUUGAGCCAGCAAAGCCUCCCUGUAGUGAAUAGCAAAAGGAGUUGUGAGGGUUUUUCUGAAAGCAGUUGCAGUACCUCAGAAGCCAGUGGUUCCUGGGGUGAUUUUGAAGGCUUCAGGGAGUCAUCAGAUGAAUCAGAGAGAUUCGGUCAUGAUCCUGAAGUUUUGGUGAAGUCAACAGGAAUUAGUUCUAGAGUUGAUACAGACUUAAGCAGAGCUUCUGCUGGGCACUUUUGUUCUGAGCCAUCUCUACCCAGUGGGACACAGGAGGCUCCGAGCUCUAUAAAUGAGGCAAACCACAGCUAUGAGGAUAUAUUUAAGUUGGGGUUCCCCGAAGUCUUUGUAUCACAGUCCAGAGAGAACAUAAGAAGCUUAGAUCAAUUACUUGAUACAAACAGUGAAGAUGUUGGAAUUCCCGAAUUUACGAAGAAUCCACUUUGCAUUGACUCUGAAAACAUAUGGAGAACACUUAAAGAUAUUGAUAAUACCCCCAGCUUAAGACAUCACUGGAGUAAAUCUCAUUGCCAAGAAAAUCUCUUGAGUGUUCUUGGAAUAGAUGCAAAUCAAAAGGACUUUUCAGAGAGUCAGGAUGUUUUUGAGGAAUCAGAUGUUAAAGACGAGGACUUCAGAUUUGAUGGAUUAACUAUUAAUGACUGCAAAGCACUGAUCCAGACCAAGCUUGCUGUAUCACCGGAUUCCAGACAUGGUCAUCUUUUCACCUGUAACCUCUUUUUGAAAACCACAUCAUCAAAUGGAAACAUGCAAUAUAUAACAAUCCCAAGGAAGAAGCAAGUUUUCAACACACACAACCUAAAAAUGAAAUUUUUCAGUAGUGAUGUUUGUUGAACCAAACACACUUUU